AUGAACUUUGAAAAGGAGACGUUUGCAGAACCAACCAAUUUCCUCAACCUGACACAAGAUAAAUGUGAAAGGAAGAAUGCUUGGUUAAGCCUUCGUUUCUAUUCUACUGUUUGUGUUACGCAUUCCAACAUGCUUUUCACAGCUUCACCAGUAAAACUAACAACAAGAAAAAAAAAAUCCGGAUGGAAUUUCUUCCACCCAACCCCAAUGACAUUGAAACAUUUGUACGAGGAAGAACUUCUAAAAUCGUAUGAAAACUAG